CUGUGUUGCCAUCAUGCCUCAAACCCGCUCCCAGUCACAGGCUACAAUCAGUUUUCCAAAAAAGAAACAGCCUCGGACAUUGGACAAAGCUAAAAACUCCAGUGACACCAAACUAGAACUGACAAAUGUCCAGGCCAUACCCCGUUCUCCUUGUGCGAAAAUUCUGCCUCUUAGCCCCAGAAAACGUCUGGGUGACGACAACCUGUGUAACACUCCCCGUUUACCUCCCUGUUCUCCACCAAAGCAAAGCAAGAAAGAAAAUGGUCCCCCUCGCUCACGUACAUCUAAGGGGCGCAGAUUGGUAUUUGACAAUCAGCUGACAACUGAGUCUCCUAGCAAAAGAGAACAAGCCAGAGUUCACCAAAACAAAAUACGUUCCUCAGUUCCAAAAGGUCAAGACAUCGCAACAAAUUCUGAGCAGAGAUGUCCACUGGAGAAAGAAUCUGCAUGUCUGAGACUUCUCAAGCAAGAAGGCACUUGCUACCAGCAAGCAAAGCAGCUUCUGACGACAGCUGUCCCAGAUCAGCUGCCUGCCAGGGAAAAGGAGAUGGAUGUCAUCAGAAAUUUCCUGAGGGAGCACAUCUGUGGGAAGAAAGCUGGAAGUCUUUAUCUUUCUGGUGCUCCUGGAACUGGAAAAACUGCCUGCUUAAGCCGAAUUCUGCAAGACCUCAAGAAGGAACUGAAAGGCUUUAAAACUAUCAUGCUGAAUUGCAUGUCCUUGAGGAGUGCCCAGGCUGUAUUCCCAGCCAUUGCUCAGGAGAUUUGUCAGGAAGAAGUAUCCAGGCCAGCUGGGAAGGACAUAAUGAGGAAACUGGAAAACCAUAUGACUGCGGAGAAGGGCCCCAUGAUUGUGUUGGUGUUGGACGAGAUGGACCAGCUGGACAGCAGAGGGCAGGAUGUAUUGUACACACUGUUUGAAUGGCCAUGGCUAAGCACUUCUCGGUUGGUGCUGAUUGGUAUUGCUAAUACCCUGGAUCUCACAGACAGAAUUCUGCCGAGGCUUCAAGCUAGAGAAAAAUGUAAGCCACGGCUGCUGAACUUCCCACCUUAUACCAAAAAUCAGAUAGCCACUAUCCUGCAGGAUCGACUUAAUCAGGCAUCUAAAGAUCAGGUCCUGGACAAUGCUGCCAUUCAGUUCUGUGCCCGCAAAGUCGCUGCUGUUUCGGGAGAUGUUCGCAAAGCGCUAGAUGUUUGCAGGAGAGCUAUUGAAAUUGUAGAGUCGGAUGUCAAAAGCCAGACUAUCCUCAAACCACUGUCUGAAUGUAAAUCACCCUCUGAGCCACUGGUUCCCAAGCGGGUUGGUGUUAUUCACAUAUCACAAGUCAUUUCGGAAGUUGAUGGAAACAGAAUGACUUUGAGCCGAGAAGGAGCACAAGAUUCCUUCCCUCUUCAGCAGAAGAUCUUGGUCUGCUCUUUGCUGCUCUUGACCAGGCAGUUGAAAAUCAAAGAGGUCACUCUGGGGAAGUUAUAUGAAGCCUAUAGUAACGUCUGUCGCAAACAGCAGGUGGCAGCUGUGGACCAGUCAGAGUGUUUGUCACUUUCAGGGCUCUUGGAGGCCAGAGGCAUUUUCGGAUUAAAGAAAAACAAGGAAAUGCGCUUCGCAAAGGUGUCUCUGAAGAUUGAAGAGAAGGAAAUAGAGCAUGCUCUGAAAGACAAAGCUUUAGUUGGAAAUAUCUUAGCUACUGGAUUGCCUUAA